AUGACAGGCCUCGCGACGUACACGGAUGCUAUUGUCACAUUGCAGCCGAGUCAGCUCCAAAAGAUGGAGAGUCUCGGCUUGUACUACAAUUUGCCAGAGCCAGCAACAAUUUGUAUCGAAUACGGCUUCGCCAUUAACCCUACGCGCGCGCCGCGUCACCCAGGCGACAAGCAUCAUAUCUGCCCGCCGUGGUUUGAAGCCACUAAUCUAUUCCCUAAAUCUUCUAAACCCAGAGACACUUCCACUGCGACCAAACGGCUCGCCGCCUCACCCAAACCUUACGGUACACAAUUGCUCGGCCUGUAA